AGGGAGAGACACUGAGCGGACAGUGGCUGCGCGUGAGACGCGGCCGCCUCUGAGGAGCAGCGCGUGGCAGAGCUCGGAAGCGUAAAGCGACAGCACAACAGAGAAAGACAGACAGACAGAGACAGAGACAGACACACAGAUAGACGCACAGGCAAGCUGAGGACGGACGGGUGAAUCAAAGGCCACAUGCUGAGGGUCCCCAGUUUGCAGUCAAGUGUAAGUGCUUCAGGUGUCAUAUCCUGAGGUGUAGAUGGCAACACCUUGAGGUGUCACAACCACACACACGUACAACGACUUGCCUCAGUUCCACGGAAAAGACUGGCCAACUACGCAGGACGGGACAGGACAGGUUACGAGAAAGGACCAUCUCAUUCUUCGCCCCAACACCUGCCCCCUGCAGACUCACACCUUCAGCAUCGCCGUGACAAUGGAGUUCCCCUUCUCUCUGCACGACACGGCCGAUGACGUCGACGAGUCCAUGGACGAGCACUGCCUGAGGGGCGGCGGGGGCUUCCGGCGGAAGCGGGAGUUCACUCCGGAGGAGCGCAAGGACGCCAGCUACUGGGAGAAGCGCCGCAAGAACAACGAGGCGGCCAAGCGCUCGCGGGAGAAGCGCCGCGCCAACGACUUCCUGCUGGAGCAGCGGCUGAUGGCGCUGAGCAAGGAGAACACGCGGCUGCAGGACGAGCUGGUGGGCCUCAAGUUCCGCUGCGGCCUGGCGGGGCCCCUGGGGUUCGCCCCCGUCUCCUCCAUCGCCUCCGCCGCCGCCGCCGCUGCUGCGACCGCAGCCUUCUCCGCACACCACAGGGGCCUCCGUCAGCUGCACACGCCCUGCGGCCUCCAGCCUGCUCCUCCUCCACCUUUCCCUCCUCCUCCUCCUCCUCUUCCUACUCUCCCUCCACGCCUGCCUCCUCCUCCGCUCCUCCUGGCCGACAAGGAGCUGGUCUGGGGCCGAGUGGAGGGGGCGCCUCAAGUGGCUCAGGUGGCGUCCUACCACCAGCGCGCCCCCGUUCUCUCGCCGUACCCCGUGCCCUCCGCCUUCACCUCGCCGCGGGCGCACGCCGCCUUCGGCCGGGCGUUCCCUUUCCUCCUGGACGUGCCGCCGGGCGUUCUCUCGCCCCCGGUGGGACCGGUGGGACCAGCGGCGUCGCUGCUGCUGCCUCCCCUGCUGGUGCCCUCGGGCGGGGGCCCCCGGUACGGAGCUCGGCUGCCGGUGCGGCCCGUUCCCCAGCAGGCGGCGCUGGCCUCGGACGAGGAGGGCGAGCAGCAGGUCCCGGGGGCCUCGGCGCCGGCGGGCCCGGACCCCUGCGCGGCGCUGCCACACAAACUCAGACUGAAGACGCACAAAAGCCACAGAGACAAGGGCAGCAGCAGCGCCACCACAGGAACCCCGUCUCCACCUCUGUACGUGUCCGACUGAAUCCAGGCCCAGCACUCACACACACACACACACACACACACACACAGCACACAUACGUGCACACACACACACACACACACACUCACCACACAUACGCGCACACCACACACGCACACACAGGCAAACACACAUGCAUGCACAAGCACACACACACGAGCACACAGAGAACAAUGCUGCAUUUAAUUACUGUGAAGAGAAUCCAUGGGAAUAAUAACUUUGAAACCUUCAAAUUCUUUUGAGACAGUAUCAUAUAUUUUUAAAACUAACAGUGUUGUUGUGUGUUAACA